AUGCAACAAAGUACACUUUUGAAUACUGAGUAUUCGACUGAUGUUCAGCAAGAGCCUAUAGAGCACAGAUUCAAUCCAUAUCAGGAUAAUGGUGGUACCAUCUUGGGAAUUGCCGGAGAGGAUUUUGCUGUUUUAGCCGGAGAUACAAGACAGACGGUUGGAUACAGUAUUGAUUCCAGAUACGAGCCGAAAGUGCACAAUGUUGGCGAUAAUCUACUUUUAUCAGCGAAUGGAUUUUCCGCAGAUGGUGUUCAAUUGGUGAAGGUGUUUCAGAAUCAGCUUAAAUGGUAUCAUUUUGACAACAACAAGGAUAUGUCCGUCGAUAGUGCCGCCAGAUUAAUUCAACAUUUGCUUUAUGGAAAGAGAAUGUUUCCAUACUAUGUGUCUACAAUAUUGGCUGGUCUUGACAAAGAGGGAAAAGGUGCAAUAUACUCGUUUGACCCAGUUGGAUCAUAUGAAAGAGAGCAAUGUAGGGCAGGUGGAGCUGCUGCCUCAUUGAUUAUGCCUUUUCUUGAUAAUCAGGUGAAUUUCAAGAAUCAGAUGGAUCCAGAGAGCAACGGAACAAAGCAGAGACCCAUAAAAUAUCUUAAGUUAGAUGAGGUGAUUCAAUUGGUUAGAGAUGCCUUCACUUCAGCAACUGAAAGACAUAUAGAAGUUGGUGAUGGUCUUCAGAUUCUUGUGGUUACAAAAGAUGGCGUUAAGACAGAGUACUAUCCAUUAAAGAGAGAUUGA